AUGUUUAGCUUAAACCCGCGGCAGUCCAUGUCGUCGGUGCUGCAGUCGAGCGGCAGCGGCGGCGGCAGCGCGUCGCGGCUCAGCACGGCGUCGUCCUUCAUCUCGGCGGCCUACAACAGCUACGAGAGCGGCGCGAACUUCCGCAACGUGGACGCGUCGCUCGUGCCGUCCUUCGAGGCGCUGAACCCGUACGCCAAGGCCGGGCGCAGCAUGAUGGGCGACGACAAGCGCUGGCAGCCCGUGCCCGACCUGUUCCACUCGAAGGAGUCGCUGUACUUCCGCUCGGCCGUGGGGAAGGUGCUCAAGAAGGCGCACGAGGAGAUCUCCCCCGCCGAGCUCGAGGUGCGCGCCAACACGCCGGAGUUCAAGGUGGAGGAGACGGACUGGAUUGCCCACAACUCGAACCAGAAGAACCAGUUCGCGCUCAUCACGCCGCUCAAGACCGUGGCGCGGAUCCCCGCCAACCUCAUCAUCUCGGACGAACCCAUCUCGCUCACGCAGCCCAUUGCCAACCACAUGGGGGGCUACCUACGCAAGAAAGGAGAGAAAAACAAGGCGCUGAAGAAGAGGUACAUGGAGCUGAAUGGCAGCGUGCUGGCCUACUACAAGAAGAAGCCCGAGAAGAACGGCAUCCCGCUCAGCAGAGACGAGAAGAAGACGCUGGAGAGGGGACGCAUCGAUCUGGACCGAGUCACGUCGCUGCAGCCUAUGGAGUCCAAGGCGGAGCCGUACGGUAUCCUGUUGGUGACGACGGCGCGUACGUGGGCGAUUUGUGCCGACUCGGAGCCCGAGUACCAGCGCUGGCUGAAGGCGCUGUGCGACGUGGUGAAGUUCAGCGCCGUGCACGUCACAUACAAGCGCAUGUUCCAGCUGCAGGAAGUGAGCGCCAAGGCCAUUACCGAUGUGAGGAUGGUGGUGACUACUGGUGAUACCGUGGGCCAGAUCGUGGAGCACAUUUUCAACUGCUACGAGCAGGCGCUGGAUGCGGCGCCGCUGAAGCCGUACAAUCCCGCUGAGUACCGACUGAAGAUCACCGGUUAUCGCGACUACAUGAUCGACAGGUUCCGCGUGCUGAACGAGUACAUGCACGUGCGCGAGUGUCUGCUGACGAAGAAGACGAUUCGACUGACUGUGAUCCACGAAUCGGUUAUCCAGGAGACGGCGAUGAUGAACCUGAGCAUUGGGAGGGAUUUACCCGUUAGCACGGGAUCGAUGAACAACCUCGUGAACCAGUUUGCUGAUAUGUUUGAUGGUGGCGAGAGAGCGACCUCCUUGCAGAUGACAACGCUGGGUGAUGAGUGGGAGCGACCGUCGACGGUGGGAAACCCGUCGCUGCCCAGUGGAAUUAUUCAGCAGCCGUUUGCUAUUCGCAUUCGUCGUGUGCUGAACAUUCCGCGGACUACGUGCGUAAGGAAGAGGUCGAGCGAAGAGGCCAUUGUGACCCGAGUCCCGUUGACCAGCUCGAGCGUGAUCGUUCGCAUUGAGCUGUACGAUGGAGGCCAACUGCUUGAAAAUGCUGUGAUUGACACGUCGGACGUUCGCUUGAAGGCGCAGAGGAAUGACUUGCUGUACGCCGAGUGGGAAGACCCGGUGUGGCACAAGUUCAAUAUCGAUAUUUGCAACGUGACGCGCACGAUGCGCGUUCAACUGACGGUUUUGGGCGUGAAGAAGAUUGUCGGCAAUUCGGCUUCGAACAUGGACGCGACUGAGGAGAAGAUGCUGGUGACGGGUGUGAAUGCGUUCGAGGUGGAUGAUACGCUUACGCAGGGUCAGCAGUACGUGCACAUGUACAACAACCUGCACACUUGCAUUCAAGGACCUGUGCCUCAUGUGACGCUGCCCAACGAGCCCAUGAUCCAGGUGGAGUUCUCCAAGUUUGAUGCACCGAUCAAGUUCGACUGGAACGAUGAUGAUGCAUCGUCUAUGAGUGACCGCUCUCACCGACGCAGCAUCGUCGCUACCAGCCGGUCUGUGAUGUUGCGCAAGGAAGGAUGGCUGCAGAAAGUGGGCAACUUUUCGUCAUUAACGCGUUGGCGUCGUCGUUGGUUUGUUGUGGACCAAAGCACCUGCACGCUGAGCUACGCGGACGAUGAGACAGCUCCUCGUAAGCUUAUCACUCUGCGCAACUGCUCCGUUACGACUGCUGAUGACAUGAACCAGAAGUUCACGACCGCUCCUGUGAACAAGGGUACGCGCAAGCUUCGCCAGACUUGGUGCUUCAAGGUUCGUCCGAUGGGUUCUUCUCGUGAUUACAUCAUUUCUGCUGAAACGAAGCAAGAUCGCGAAGAGUGGAUGCUGGCGAUCCAAACCGUUGCGAAGGGUGACUCGAGUAUUAGUGACUUUGGCAGCGCCAAUGGAAGCUUUGAGGAGUCGAGUGCUUCAGUACCUGUUGUUGAAAGCCCCCGUGGAGAGGAAAACAAAGAACAGCUUGACGGCAGGAACAUUUUGGAGAGUGUCGCACAGGACCGACGCGAUUCGACGUCUCGCAGCAGUGGACACAGCUCAACUCAGCGUGAACCCGAGCUGAAUGAACUGCGUAAGCUCAUCUUGCUGGAUCCACUGUACCGAUUCAGCCCGUACCAGAAGGAGCAGCUGUGGAUGCACCGUGAAGAAUUUAUCGACAUCCCUGCGGCCCUUCCUCGUAUUCUCUCGUGCGUUCACUGGGACGACCGCGAUGAAUGCGAAGAGGCAUUGAAGCUGCUUCCACGCUGGUCUGUCCCUGAGCAUCAGGCAGCUUACAUCGAGUUGUUGAACGGUGAAUUUGCGAACGAAGGAGUGCGUACCUUUGCUGUGAAGAAGCUAGGCCAGAUGGCUGACACGACCUUCAGCUACUUCUUGCCGCAACUGGUGCAGGCUAUCAAGUUUGAGAACCACCACGUCUCGCCCCUUGCCAUGCUUCUCAUUGAGCGUGCCAUCAAGAAUCCGAACCAAAUUGGCUUCGAUCUCUUCUGGAGUAUGAAGGUGGAGUCGCACAACGACCAGUAUCGCGAGCGCUACGGAACGAUCUUGAACGCGUACCUGGACGUCUGUAGCUCAAAGAUGCGUGCUAUUCUGAAGCUGCAGGACAAGCUUUUCUCGGAGGGUGGAAUGCUGGAGCGUAUUUGCCAGAGCGUGAAGGCGAAGAAGAAGGACGGCGCUGCCGAGAUGAAGCGAGCAAUGCAGCAAGGACUCGAGGCGCUGAACGAGCUAUUGCCUGGUUCUUUCCAGCUGCCGCUUGAUCCUCGUAUUGAAGUGGGUAAAAUCAUCGUGAGCAAGUGCCGCGUGAUGGACUCGGCGAAGAAGCCGUUGUGGUUGGUAUUUGAGAAUGCCGAAGAGGGUGGCGAUCCUGUGACUGUGAUGUUCAAGGCUGGGGACGAUGUACGCCAGGAUUGUUUAACACUGCAGUUGAUCCGUCUGAUGGAUGAAAUGUGGCGAGAUGAGGGUCUGGAUUUGGCGAUGGAGCCGUACAAAUGUGUUGCCACCUCGCCAAUGACGGGUAUCCUUCAAAUGGUGCCCAACUCGGUCACGACGGCCGAGGUGCACAGGCGUGAUGGUAUGAUGGGCACCUUUAAGGAUCCUAGUUUCUCCGACUGGAUUCGUGCGAAUAACCCUGAUCCCAGGAGCCACAAGGCUGCUGUGGAUCUGUUCGGCCGCUCGGCGGCAGGUUACUGUGUGGCGACGUGCGUUCUUGGCAUCGGUGAUCGCCACAACGACAACAUCAUGAUUGCUGUGUCCGGACGCUACUUCCACAUUGAUUUCGGUCACUUCCUGGGUCACCUGAAGUACUACAAGCUGGGAAUUCGUCGCGAGCGUACACCUUUCGUCUUCACAAAUGAAAUGGCCUACGUGCUCGGUGGAGUAGAAGGAAAGGACUUUGCGAAGUUCGUCGACACAGCCUGCACGGCGUACUGUGUGCUGCGAAGACACAUGCACCUCUUGGUGUCUCUGCUGCUCUUGAUGGUGCCCGCAGACAUGCCGGAGCUCACAGGGCGUGAUGACAUCAACCACAUCGUGACAACACUAGCACCGGAGGUGUCGGACGAACGCGCCCGCGAGUCCUUCGAGCAGACAAUUCAUUUCUGCCUCGACAGUCGGUUCAAGCGCUUCGACAACUACAUGCACAACAUCGCCCACGCGUUUACAUAAGGCGUCAACGCGCCUAUCCGGGUGCGUUGAGGCCUGGUGCUGGCAUGCGCGUGCAGAUCGAAGAAAUAAGUAAAUCGCAGCCAAGAGUGAGUACCA